CCGCCUCCACAGAUUUUAAAGAACUGAGAUUUGAUUAUUUUGAUUUGGAAUUGGAACUGAGACUAGGGUUUCGAUUUUCUCUCUCAGGAUUUUACCCUAUCGUCCAAAUUCACGCGUGGACCUCUUCAAUCAAUCCACUACAAAGAAGCUUUGGCAUUUCUAAACAUUCUAAAAGACUAUUUAUUUUCUCUGAAAUUGGAAGAGAACAAUGUCGGAAGAGGCUGAGAAAAGGCUUCAGUCUGUCAUGGCCAAGCUCUUCCAUCCCCCCAAGUCCAAACCCAACUCUCCCAGUGAUAGUUCAUCUGAUGGUCAAUCGUCAAAAGGCAAAAAGCGCCCAAAUCCAAUGUCUGCAUCCGCAAUUGAAUCAAAAUUAAGAAAGGAUAUUCAAAAGUCAACUACUCCAGUACAGGCUCCAUUGUGCAGGCCAUGGGAUCGAGAAGAUCUCAUGAAGAGAUUAGCUACAUUCAAAUCUAUGACUUGGUUUGCUAAACCUAAGGUGAUAAGUGCUGUAAAUUGUGCCAGAAGAGGCUGGGUGAAUGUGGAAAUGGACAUCAUAGCCUGUGAAGCCUGUGGAGCACGUCUUCUCUUUUCUACUCCAUCAUCUUGGACACAGCAGCAAGUUGAGAAGGCAGCCUUGGUAUUCAGCUUAAAGCUGGAUAAUGGACACAAACUACUUUGCCCAUGGAUGGACAAUGCCUGUGAUGAGAUGCUAGCACAGUUUCCACCUGCAACAGUUCAAGAUUUAGUGGAUGGUUACAAAGAACGAUCUUCUGCUCUUUUGCAACUUGUAGCCCUUCCCUUGAUUUCAUCUGCAGCCAUUAAUUACAUGAGAAGUCCUCAGCUGGAGCAUUUUCUUAGACAAUCUUCAGUGUUGGAAUUUGGCAGUGUGUCUGCGGAUUCUUCUCAGACAGAAUAUCUUGGAAGUGAAUGUGAUGCAGUUUCUGCUAAUUUGUAUUUUCAGGCACAAAAGCUCAUAAGUUUAUGUGGUUGGAAGCCUCGCUUGCUGCCUUAUGUGGUUGACUCCAAGGAUCAGCAAUGUAAAUCUGCUAAAGAUGUCAAUCAUUUGGAUCUGUCUCGUAUAGUUGCUAAUAUGCAGACUCCUCCAAUUAGCAUCCACUCUUCUGCCACUGAUAAGAGUAUGCAAGCAAAUGAAGAUCCCAUGGCAUCUAGUGAACUACAGUCUGAGCAUUCUGUUGUUCUAGAAUGCAGCCUUUGUGGAGCCACCGUUGGAUUAUGGGCUUUCUCUACAGUUCAACGUCCAACAGAGUUUUUUAGAUUAGUUGGAAAUUCAGAAGUUACUGGUGAAAGCAAUGCUUUUCAUUGUAAAGGAACUGUCUUUUGCCCUGUCAGUGGUGCUCCUGGAAUUCAGGAUUCAGGAAAAGAAAACCAUGUCAACAGUACUGAAGCUGUCAUGAUCGCUGAUGCAAAUGGUGCUAGAUCAUCAAAUGAAAGAUUGUUGAAUUUAAAUUUGACAAUUGCAGGGGGUCCUCCACCAACGGAGCAAAACUUCAGAGCAACAAUUUCCAUACCUGUUAUAGGUCAGAAUUUAAGGGCACGGUUUUCUUCUGAUCAUGAUUUUAGGGAUCGUAGCUGUGUUAAUCAAGAAAAUAGUCCAUCUGGUGCCAAUAAAAAGGGUUUAUUUCUGGAGGGAAAAAACCACACAGAAAACACUGUCACUCCACAAAUUGCCCAGCCAGAAUCCAUUGUCCUCCUAGAAAGCAAAAGACAUGGUGAUGGACAAUUUAAUGCUACAAGCAAUGAUCAAUCUCCAUGUUUGAAUAACAACAUCAGUGAGGAAGAUGAUGCAUUUAGAAAUAGUAACAAUCACAUGUCAUUGGAAAGACCAAAUGUCAAUCAGCAGGGACUGGGUUUUCCUGAAACUGGUAUGCAUGAUUCUAUUUUCAAAGUUCAAACGCAAGAUGUAGUACAAAGUUCUGGUCAAAAUAGCAAGUUGGCUGAGAGUGCAGAUAAUGUCGGGACAGUUAACUCAACAGCAACUGAGAGUGUAGAUAAUGUCAGGACAGUUAACCCAACAGCAACUGAGAGUGUAGAUAAUGUCGGGACAGUUAACCCAACAGCAACUGAGAGUGUAGAUAAUGUCGGGACAGUUGACCCAACAGCAAUUGAGAGUGUAGAUAAUGUCGGGACAGUUAGCCCAACAGCAACUGAGAGUGCAGAUAAUGUUGGGGCAGUUAACCCAACAACAACUGGGAGUGCAGAUAAUGUUGGAGCAGUUAACCCAGCAGCAACUGAGAGUGCAGAUAAUGAAGUUAGAGAUUCUUGCAUGACAAGUGCAGAUGCUAAUAUGACAACUAGAAAUGCAGAAAUCAGUGAGGAUGAUUCAUUAAUGGUGGUUGGGGCUGAUGAUUGCAAUCUUCAGCAGAUUCAUGGAACUGAUAAUGCCUGUAACAUACACAUAAGAGGAGGAGACAAAUAUUCUGAGGUCCAAAACAUUUUAAGCACUCAACCAAAUAGCCAGGGUGACGAUUGGGUCAAAGACAGAGGACAGAUUCCUGUAAAUAACGAAGCUGUAGCCUGUGGCAUAGCAAAUGAUCUGAAGCAACAACCAAUAGAUAAAGCCAUGGAGUUUGAUCCAAUCUGGCAGCACAGACACUUUUGCCCAUGGAUUGCAGCAGCAGGCGGUGCAGCACCUGGAUGGCAACAAACUCUCUCUGCUUUACAACAGCAGAAAGAUUUUUCUCAUCCUUCACCCUCGAACAUGAUCAAGGUGGAUGAUCCCAUUGCUUCAGUUAGAAAGCUUUUCAUGUCGUCAUCAGAAAAAAGAAUGAAGCGCACUCAUGGAUCGACCUAAAGUGCUGUAUGCUGAGUUGUUGAAUUUGCUGUGUCCAAAAGAGGUCCUCAAACAUCCCGAUUUCGCCAGUUUUGGUAGGAUGCUUAGGUACUUGAGACAAAUGUAUUUCCAUAGGCAUGCUAUCCCCUUUUGAAGUCCAUAAAAUGUCAGCAAACCUGUGGUAGUACCGUAGUAGCAGCUUUGUAAUUUACUGCCAAACUAGUUGAGAAUUUAAGAUGCAUUUUCCCUACAUAUCCAGGUCUACUUACACAAUGAUACAAUGUAAGUGGAGCUAUAUCGAGUCAUAGCAAUAGAAUUCAUUCUGUCACAUGAAA